AUGGAGUGCUACUACAUUGUCAUCAGCUCGGCGCACCUGAGCAAUGGACACUUUCGCAACAUCAAGGGAGUUUUCCGCGGCCCCCUCAGCAAGAACGGAAACAAAACUCUGGACUAUGCUGAGAAAGAGAACACAAUAACCAAAGCACUGGAAGACCUCAAGGCCAAUUUCUACUGUGAACUAUGUGACAAACAGUACUAUAAACAUCAGGAGUUUGACAAUCACAUUAAUUCCUAUGAUCACGCUCACAAGCAGAGACUCAAGGAGCUGAAACAGAGAGAGUUUGCGAGAAAUGUAGCUUCUAAAUCGCGGAAAGAUGAAAGGAAACAGGAAAAGGCCUUACAAAGAUUGCACAAGUUAGCUGAGCUACGAAAAGCGACAGCCUGUGCCCCAGGGAGCGGGCCCAUGUUCAAAUCCACUACUGUUACCAUAAGAGAUCAUUUUGGCGAAACCCAUCAAAGAGAAAUAGCAGACCCGGCUGCAAAACAAAAAGACUUCAAGCAUAAUAUGACGUACAGUCCCCAAAAUGCUCAUGAUAUUGCUUCUUUGGCACCAUCUACGGAAAAUUCCAGUGAUCACAAGGUAAAAAACAGCAAAACGGGUGAUCAGGGCCAGGGCCCAAAAAUUGGAUUUUCAUUUGCAUUUCCAAAGAAAGCGUCAGUGAAGCUGGAGUCUUCUGCAGCGGCUUUCUAUGAAUACAAUGAUGAUGCUUCGCUGGAGAACGGUCACAGCAGAAGGAGUAGAUUCAUCCCUGGGAUUUGUCAGCAUCAACCGUCGUCACCAUCAGAAAUCCUUCCUGAGGAGAAGAAUCGUUGUUUUCAGGCAUCGGGGGAGAAAAGCACGAGUAAAGAAGAGCUACCUGAACCCCAAGAAACAAAAGAAGAAAACCCAUUAUCAAUUCCUGUAUUUUGCCAUCCUGGACUCCCUUUAUCUUCUGAUUUGGAUGCCAACAUAAAUGCAGUAUCAAAUCAAGAUCAAACAUGUUCCAAAGAUGCUAUUAUUAAUCAGGAAACACCCAUAGACUGCAGCAGUUCUGAAAUGUUGGGAAACAAACCCGUAGCUAUUACUAUCGGUAAUGAUUGUUUAUCUUCACAAGACACCAGAGAAGAAAGUGAUAAAGAUCUCUGUCGAACUUCAGCAACAACCGAGGUUUCCAUUCAAGAGACUGCAUCCGAUGUGCUGGAUCUUUCAAAUCCUGUUGGGGUAGGCUCCUUCUCACAUAACAACACCCACGAAUCAUAUAAAAGACCAUGUGACCCAUUCGUUCCUGUUCUUAACAAAUAUGGAUCCACCAUUCUCCAGUGGCCGUCAGAAAUGUUAACCUACACAAGUUCCAAACCAUCUAUUUCUUAUAGCUGCAAUCCUCUCUGUUUCGAUUUUAAGUCCUCGAGAUCAAACAGUUCUCUGGAGAAAAAUCAGCCUCGCUUAAAUGGUCCUCAUUCUCACUUGAAGGAGGAUGAUUCUUGCAAGAGUCCGGUUCCAGACAGAGUGGAUAAACCCCUUAUGGGCCCGGUAAAUUUUGAAACUAAGCAUCACAGAAAUGAGAGUCACCAUGCAGAAUCUUUUUUAUUGGAUGAUUCUCCCACCCAAGAUUGUGAAUCUAGAAAUCAUGAAGAGAAAGUGAGCGUAGACUCUGAAAACGAUUGCACCUAUGGAAGAUUGGAAAAAUGUAACUGGAACCAGAAGCUGAUGAAGCACGGUAUUAUUGAUGAGAAACACAGAAAAAUAUGGUUAGAAGAAGCCCACAGCGAUUGGUUUCAUAAAGGUAGGAAAAAGAAAAGAAAAAGAAAGCUCCACCACUGCCAUUAUGGGGAAGCAGCCCGAGAACCAUCGGAUGCUUUUUCCAAAAUGGAUCCCGAGAGUAAUUAUGUGGCAACAGAGAAACACCAUCAUUUGCAGGCCAUUUCAGAGAAGUGCCGGGCCGAAUACAGGACUCGAUGGCUAUCGGCAGACGCGGCCCAGCCGCACUACGAAAUGCCUGCCCUGGAGGCCGGACAUGAUAAACGAUCCAAAUCGAUACCCACUUAUGUUCGUGCGGACGAAGGAACGAACAGGACGUGGACAGCAAACCACGGGAAUAGUGAUUCCACUAAUUCUAAGACCCUCCACAGAAAGAAUAAAGCCGUGUCCUGCAGACAGCCCAAUUCCCCAACUUGGAACUCUGGAAAACCAGAUUUAACAUACUCCAGAACGUUAUUCACCUGGAAAGGCAGGAGAUCCAGCUGUAGCCCAGAUCAUGAUACUUUAGCUCCACCAACUGAGGUGAAAUGCACCAGCUACGGUCAGUCGGUCAAGAGAAGCUACACCUCUCUCAUCAGUGAACCUGAAAGAGCCCAUCGGAAACGGAGGCAGUACACCAGCUCGUGUUCAUCAGAUGAAAGUUUGUUCAGGCAAAACUGUCUCCCAGAACAGCUUGAGACACCAACCAGGAGCCUAGUGGCCAUGUGUAAACCGAAAAAGAAACGGCGAAGAAAAAGAAACAGACUUCACCACGUAUUUGCAGAGCAAGAACCGAGAGGACGUAGAAGUUACAACUCUUCGAAGGAUGACUCCACACCCAGCAUCCUGGGUAAGCAGUUGAUUGAAAGCAAAAAGGAAGAUACGGAAGCCCAACAAAUGGUUGAUUUUCCAGGAAACGUGGAGAGGGUGACCCUUUUGGAGGAAAAGCAGCCGCCGCCCACUGAGAGUUUCCUCCUGUCAGAAACUGAUGGACAGACUGGGCAGGCGGUAGCAGAAAACACUCCUGGCACAGCUUCAGAGGAGUCCCAUCCUUCCGCUCCACCUUUGAUGGAACCUAAUCUCCCACCAACCGCAGCUCCCAAGAAUCGGAUCGACCGGAAAGAAAGCCCUGACAGUUUGAAGGCCCAUGAAAGCCGGAUCCCUUUCAAAUUACACGGUGUCGAAAGGAGUGUGGGACCGCCCCCGCCAAAACCGUACUUUUGUCAUUACGAGCUGGCAGAGGCAGUCCCGCAGGAGAAGAUUAACGAGCCGACGAGCGAGUGGCUCUGCUACCAUUCAGGAAUACUCAACGGCCCCUCGUCUUUGCCAUUCAAAGAAGCACAUAGAAACAGCCCUGCCUUCUUAACCCCCGAUCAGAUCCUGUCCCCUUACGGUCUGCCAGAGCAAGCUCUGCUGUUUCCUCUAGAAACCCCGGAGAAAUUCAAAGAUGUACAGUGCGAAGCGUACCAGCAAAUCACGCAGCCCGCCAUCCUGGCCAACAAAGUCAAGCUCACCUUUCCUCCGCCCGCUCCCCUGCAGCCUCUCCCCUUGCAGCAGCCCCUGUGUUCUACCUCCGUGACCACGAUACAUCACACCGUUCUGCAACAGCCCGCUGCCUCCACGGCAGCGGGGACCUUCAAAGUGUUUCAGCCUCCCCCGCAGUUCCUUUCCCAAAUCCCACCCCUCACCAGGACAUCUUUACCUCAGAUCUCGUUAGGACCCAGGCUCUGUCCCGGGAGCCACGGCACCUUCGUGACUCCUCCUCAGAUACCAAUCAUCCCCACGUCCGUUCUCCAUCCGAGCCAUGUGGCGUUCCCUCCUUUACCCCAUUCACUUUUCCCUUCACUCCUUUCUCCACACCCAACUGUGAUUUCUCUUCAACCGCUCUUCUAAGACACCGUGACACCACCGCGAAGGGAAACGGAAAUUUCUGGUGAAAAGUACUGCUCUCACUCCUUUCUCCACACCCAACUGUGAUUUCUCUUCAACUGCUCUUCUAAGACCCCGUGACACCGCCGCGAAGGGAAACGGAAAUUUCUGGUGAAAAGUACUGCUCUCUCUGUAAGUGCCCAUCUCUUUGAACAGAUUGCUCUAUAAAUGGCGGAAACCCAUCGAAACAACACCUCAUUCAUUUGAAGUCACUUACUCUCCGUGUAACGAUGCAAAUAUAUCCAUAAUUUCUGAUCCAUAAUAUAACUGAAGCGCUGAAUACUAAUUUGAACUAUAUUCUGUAUAUGAAAACUAAGUCCUAGAAUAUGUAUAAUGUACAUAAAAUAUAUUUAUAGUACUGUAAUUUAUGUUGUAAAGUAUGCUUUUUUGUUUUUUUAAUAUUUGUGUACUUGCACCUAUUUAAAUGUUUAGACAAAGCUGAUCCACUAUGUUUUGUACUAUGUUCCUUGAAACUGUAAAUCCAGUGAUGAAAUAUCUCUUGCAAUAAAUUUUUGUUAACUAUUUAAAUAGACCAGAUAUCGUUUGUUGUACGUUGGUUUGCAUCUCUCGAUGCGUCUGCUCUUCCCACAUGGAGAGUGAUGUCUCAGUGACUAAAAUCUCAGCGGUCAAACCUCAAAUAGAGAGAAAGGAAGGAAGAAUGAGAGUUCCACUGGGUUAGCCUUUGGAUGUCAGAGAAAUAUUUUCUACUUGCGGAUGUGCUGAAAUUGCUGAAUGCUGAAACCAUUUUGAAAUAAGCCUUCCUAAAUUAGGUUUCGGGAAAAUCUGUGUGAUUGAGAACAAAAAGGCUAUUCAGGAUGCUUAGCCCUAUUCCUUUGUCUCUGAAGUGCUGGGUUAGUGGAAUAAUAUGAAAAAGCCUGCCUGGAGGGGCAUAUCUAUAUGGAUGAAACUGUCCAUGAGAUAAACCCAGUGGAAAUCUCUGAAACACUUUUACAGGGCAAGUGGGUCUGACUCAGUAGAGUGUCCUACUGCUGAUUCUUUGUUACGAUUUCUUUCGAUACUGUAAACAGUUUGGGUUAAAGCCAUGAAUGACUCUACCUUUCACGUAUAGUGAGCCCCUUUGGAACAGGAUCCCUGCCUCAUUUCCACUUGCAAACUCUUUCCCGGCACCUAAUAUGGUGCUAUUCACACAGUAGGAAGUUACUAAAUCAUCAUAAUAAUUACUAUGGUAUUUAAGUGUCUACGAUGUUCUAAGCACCACGGUAGAUACAAGUU